GAAAUUCAUAUGCUCACAAUCAAGUCCAGCGGGCAUUAUGUACCUAGUUCUUUCAGUUGGGAUGGCCGCACUGCCACGUCGUAAACGAGUAACAAACUAGAGUACAGCAACAACAACAACAACAUUGUGCUCGCCCCCAUCACCUUGAUCCAGUUUCACUGUAUCUAGAGUUUGCCAUACUUAGGGCCGUCCUUAAUGUAGCCUCAAAAUGUCCGAUCUUCGUGCAGACUGGUGGAGAAUUGUGCCAUGAGCGCCACAUUGUUGCUUUGCGUCAUAGGAAUAGCGCCUUUAAUAUAGUUGGUUCCGAAGCGCCCAUAGAGAUUAAACUGUUUCACAGGGCCUCGGUUUCGACACUUGUAUACUUGGGAGGGUCCGCAGCUCUUUCAGCCGCAUACUAUGACAGACUCCGGUUCGGUUUGUGCAGAAUUGUGUUGUGCCAGUUGUUGCGUUGCAGCACUGGGGUGCUUGCAGCAAUGGUGUUUCUUGGCGCCCUGCGGUGUCCGAAGGUCCCGCGGGACAACGGGUUGCUGCAACAGUUCAUUUGGAGGUUUUGAUAAAGAUGAGGACGACAUAACCAAGGCUGAACGAAAAGACAAAGAGAAGCAGCAAGCCAAGGAGGCGGAGGGCAAGAAAGACCCGACUUCACAACAACCUUCGCCUCAUCCAACCAUGAUACUCACCCCUCCAACGCCCGUAAUCCAAGACAGUUCCAAUGAACGAGUUCGAUCGUCUCAAAACGCUCAUGUCGCAUUCCUCACUCCGGCCAAUUCAAAAGUCAACAACAUGAGCAUACCAGCACGAGGCAGCCCAUGAUGGAGUGUACAAUGUCUACAAUGUUUUCUUCGACUGUAUUCCAUAAUGAUCAUACUUGGACAGCAC